GAUUUUAUUGCAUUCGAUCUUGACAGCCGAAAAAAAAAACAAGAAAAACCAUGCGCGGCCCAAAUUUGUCUCGAAAGUGCCCGUUAGAAAUGCCUUCGCCCGUUUCCAUGGCAGAACUUGCGCUCCAAGACUACGAGAUGCAGCUGAUGCUGCUAGAGCAGCAGAACAAUACACGACUGCUGAUGGCCGUACAGCAGCAAGCACACGAAUAUCACAUGGGGGAGCCACCUUCGAGCGCACAAGCACUUAUCGAGUCCUUGAACAUCGCCCAUAAUGCCGCGCUCCAGUCAAAUCAUGUUUUGCAGACAAAUUCGUCCAAGGGUAUUGCAGAAACCGGGUGGUUGGAGCUGCACAUGAUCGAGGGCAAAGAUGAGGUCUUCUUGGAGCGGCCGUCGUGGACCUGGACUUCGCAGUAUCACCGACAAUUAGAUUUCAGCCCACAGACGGUACUCGAUGAAGACAGCAAACAUUCACAACGACUGCUAUGCGAGGCCACUUGUGUGGUCCGGAAGUACUACCUACAUCACUGCCAGCCAAAACAGCCCGUUAAUAUCCCUAUUCCGAACAUAAGACCCCAAGGGCCAGCUGCCACUCCGCCUAUCCCUAUCAGAGAAACCAUCAAGGUACAGUCCGACGAAGUCGCUGCCGCUCUCAAAAAGUUCCUCCAGGGACAACCGACAUUUACGACCGAUUUUCCCGACUGGGACUUUACAGCGCCGUUGGAAUCGCCGUUUCUGUUCUGGUAUCAGUACGGCAACCAACCUCUGCCCCAAUCUAUACCCCCAUGGCAAGCAGAGCUGCUGCGUCCACUUUUUUCGUGGCUCGCCAGCCACUACGGUGCAAUACACAAGGAAAUUGCGACCAGAAUUGCCCUAGGAGCUGUAUCUAGGUCGACCAUGCAAUUCCUCUUUCGUCCUGGGCAGGCCGUUGUCGACAUGGCCGCCGAAGGGUUCCAGGGUUACAUUGCCACAUCACGGCCGCGGUGGCGGACGAGGAGUAAUCCAGAGUGCAUCGCCAGCAAAGACGAAUGGGAGCUCACGGCCUGGUCGUACGCCUUUCGGCCGGGAGGGUUUGAUCCUAUCCACGUUCGUCUGCGAGUUUCUCUCGAUGCAUCAGAUCAGGGAUCAGGAUUUGACGUGAACAGGAUGGCAAUUCAACCACUUUCGUUUAUCAGCAAGGAGAUCUACGCCAAGCUGCGACUACGAGGAGCAAAUAUGUGGAGGAUUCGAAGUGGAGGCUAUUACGAGUACCGGAUCGAUUCCCAUUAUGACUUUAACUUGCACCGAGGGAGAUGCUUGAUCGAUAUCGAUGAGUACAGCCGCCUGAACCCGCCAUCCGGGGAGCCAGCCCCGGGAGUGUCGAGGCCGAGGUCCUUGCAACCGACCGAUGAUCGCUUAUUAGUGUUUCCCAGCAAAGUACCAGUCUACGACCUUUGCAGGGAAGUUUGGGAGCAAGUUCCACCAGAAAGCAUCCAAGAGGUGGUCUUCAUAGAGUCACCAAUCAGCAAAAGUGCCCUCAGCUGGCAAAAAUGGGAGGUUUUGGGACAGUUGAUGACCCCUGACCGCGACCUCCAUGCCAGUCCCAGGCCGCUGGUCAGCUUAUUCCACGGCCCUCCAGGGACGGGAAAAACCUUUGCAGCGGAAAUGAUGGCCGACUUGGCCAUGAAGCCGCUGUUUCGUAUCGCGUGCAGAGACUUGACGAUCGACCUCGAGACCGUCCAGACGAGGCUCGAUCCCACGUUUGCGCUCGCAAAGAGGUGGAACGGCAUGGUGCUGCUCGAGGACGCUGAUCGUCUCGUACAACAACAAGACGACUCUUCAUCGGAGCAGGGGCAGCAGGCACGUCUCGGUCUCGUGUUUUAUCUGCUCCGGCUGUUUCAAAAUUUCGACGGCGUGGUGGUUGUCACCACGAGCUGCGUCGAGGCCUUUGACGAAAAGCUAAAAACGGCAUUUUCUUUCAACCUCAAGUUUCACCGGCUCGACGGACCUGGCUGCAGGAAAGUCUAUGUCAACCUGAUUGACGUUUUACUAGAGAGAGGACUGGGUGGAGCAGUCGCGGGAGCGGGCAAGCGCAAGCAUGGAGAAGAAUCUCCGGGUGCGGGAAAAGCAACCGACGCCAGUGAUUCAGCAAUCCGAAGCGCGUGGCUUACUGCCGCACAACCACUAGAGAGGAUGGGGAUGAAUGCGUGGGAGAUAACCAGGGCCUUUGAGACUGCGUUGCGCUUGGCAGGAUCUGAAAGGACAACGUUAUUACCGGCUCACUUGACCCAGGUCAUAGUUUGCAUGUUAUGAUUACAGCAAUGGAAUGAAAUGAAUGAUCAAAAACAUG